AGAUGAGCAGCAGGGAGGUUGGGGUGUGCCAGAGGGAUGGCGCGGUUUGUGUGUAGGAAGCCGGCUGGUGGGUGAGAACGGUCAGGGGAGGUUGGCAUGGCUCCCACAUGCACCUGUACUGUUUGUACAUCGUCAGAUGGGGAUGGUCAGCGGCUAGUUGGCAGAUGACCGAUCAGCCCGAAGCACGGAUAAGAAACCUUGUUCAACCAUUCCAGUUGGCUGUGUUCCUUCCUAGGGUCCCCCUUGUGCUUGGCUCGCCGUCUCCGGAACCGAGGCGACGGGUCGGGCCUCCAUGGUUGACUUUGCCUCAAGACCGCCGCCCACACCGUCCAAGUCUCCACAUCACUGCGGAUUCCGUGGCCGAAUGACAUCCACUGUUAGUGGCGAUGGUCGGAAUUGCAAUCAUCGCAACCAUCAAAUGGGACAGAUGCCGGAUUCCUCUGUCAUUGCCAGCCGCAACUACUGACUGUGUCUGUUCAGCAUGCCAUCUGCCAGCCUUGCCCAUGGCCCUGCUGUUUC